AUGGAUGACACGCACGAUGCCCGCAUUGUGCGCAAAGUCGACCGUCACGUCGUUCCCUGGCUUGCUGCACUCUAUGCCUGGAGUCUUAUUGACAGAACCAACAUGGGUAAUGCACAAAUUGAAGGUAUGAGCCAAGAGCUCGUUCUUGGCAUUCAGAAUCGGUACUCGAUUGCGCUUCUGGUGUUCUUCCCGACCUACUUCAUCUCUGAACUGCCAGCGACUCUGCUCGUUCGUCAUGUGUCGCCCAGAUUUGUCAUUACUGCCAUCGCGCUGGCAUGGGGAACCACCAUGAUCGCCAUGGGAUUCGUCAAGGUUUGGGGCGCAUUGGCUGGACUUCGCGCACUUCUCGGAUUGCUUGAAGGUGGAUACUUCCCCAUUUGUGUGUUCUUGCUGUCUAGUUGGUACAAACGAUACGAAUUGCAGAAGCGUAUCACCUUCUUCUACAUGUUUGGCGUCUUGGCUUCUGGUCUGUCCUCUAUUCUUGCGUAUGGUCUUGCCCGAAUUGGCCCUCGCGGUGACUACAGGCCUUGGUCAUUCAUCUUCUUCAUUGAAGGUGCCAUUACCGUCGCAUUGGCCAUUCUUGCAUUCUUCUUCAUCGUUGAAUUCCCUCAGUCGGAAAAGAGACGCUUCUUGAGUCCUCGCGAUCACGCUCGAGUGCUGUACAGACUCGAGAAGGACAGAGAUGACUUGGAGCAUGACCCAUUGACUGCAAGGAAGCUUGGCAAAUACCUUUUGGAAUGGCGCGCAUGGGUCAUGGCUCUCAUGUUUAUGUGCUGCACAGUCACCUCAUACGCUCUCUCCUACUUCCUCCCGACUAUUUUGCGAUUGAGAUUGCGGUUCUCCCUUGUGGAGGCCCAAUGUUUGGCUGCUCCGCCUUACGUCUUUGCAAUCCUCGUCGCAGUCACAACCGCGUACUUCUCCGACAGGCUCAAGCUGCGUGCUCCCUUCAUCAUCUUUCACAGUGCGCUCUGUAUGAUUGGUCUUGGCGUCUUGUACGCACCAGGAGUCAAGCCUGCGGGACAAUAUACUGCCGUUUUCCUCGUGGCCGCUGGAACAAACGCCAAUGUUCCAGCCGUCAUUGGGUAUAUGCAGAACAACAUCCACACAUCGUCGAGGCGAGCCGUACUCAGUGCGUUGCAAGUCGGGUUUGGUGCAAUUGGUGGUAUUUUUGGAAGUUUGGUCUUCAGGCAACAAGAUGCGCCUAUUUACCGUCCCGGACUUGCAGCUUGCCUUGCAUGCAAUGCCUUCAUCAUCACCUGGGCUUGUAUCUUCUCGGUAUACUUUAGGCGCGAGAACAAGAAACAGGAGAGCGGUUAUGUCAUUGCUGGCAAGCCAGGUUUCCGAUUUGCUAUCUAG